AAGCUCUGAGAAAUUUUUUGUCAACAUUAACUCUUGAGAUUUCAUUUAACAUUGACAUAUAUAGUUUUAAUUACAAGAUCCAUUGGAUCUUUUCUGAGAAAUAAAACCUUUUAGGGGACAUUAAUGUAAUAAUAAAAAAAUUAAAAACCUCCACGCGACCUUAUACCACGCGUUUAUUUAUAUAACUUCCCCAUAAGCUUAUAUGUCUCUCGUCUCUCCAACGUGCUACGGUGACGACGAUAAAAAAAAACCGACGACCACUGGCACCGAAACUAACAACACACCAGCAAGCAAGCAAGCAAGCUCCUCUGUUGUCCGUCCGUCUUCCUCGGCUAACAAAUUUACAGUUUUACCCCUCCCUCUGAGUUGUUGUCUCGUUGGAGAUAUUAUUCUCUCUGUCAUCUCCUCUUCCGUUGCAACUUGCAAGUAAUAAACCCAAUUUCUCUCCCCUCAAUUUUUGAAAUUCUCCUUUUUUUUUUCUUAGCUUUUUUGUUGGCGAGUGGUUUAGAUUGUUCUCUGAUCUGUUGACGCCGCGUGUGGUCCAAUUUCGCCGCCGGGCGGUAUUGAUUCGAUUUUUUUGAGCUAUAAUUUACUCUUCUUCUCCGAGUUUCCUUUUCUUGAUUUUGAGGUUUAAUUGGAGAGACUAGAGUGCAAUCAUCCGUGUUGAGAUGGGGAAUGGUGAAGAAACAAAAUGUGUUUUCCCCUUGACGAGUCUCCAGAUCGGAGACUUGCAGUCAUAUCUUUCUGAUCUCAGUAUUUUCAUGGGCAAUAAAAGCAAGAAGAUUUACAUAUUGGUAGACAACCGGCCAUGGUUGAAUCCCGGCACCCGAUCUGCUCACUUCUGGCAACUAAUGGUUACAAAGUCCAGACUCUCCCCUUUUGCAAACACGAAAGGUCGAGAAGGGAAGAAAAAGCAGAAGCAUGAGGAUGAGGAGGAGAAGAGGAAGAACCCGAAAGAGACCUGUUCCCAGGCCAACAAUAAGAAAAUGAAGGAACUCAAGAAAUGGUUCUCACUGAUCGACGCGACAACUUUCUCGAAGAAUAAAAUACCUGCAAAGAAACUGCAAAGCUCUUUGUAUCUAAACAAGCAGCUGCACAAGACCUUGUACGGUUUCAUCGUGUUCGAAGUUGAAUGGGACAAUGUGAGGGGUAUCAAUUACUUGAAUGAGCUACAGACAGACACUUCUCUCGCUAUUGAAGCUAAGUUGAUGCGGAGGUGGGAGUUCGAGAGCAUCGACCAAGCUGUGACGAAUAUGUCUCAAUGGUUCUCUGGAUCAAAAUCUGAAAGAUCUUGCUUGAUGGAAUAUCUUGAUACAACUAAAGGAGAGGUUUUUCACGACGCUGAAACUGAUUUCUCAAAAGCUUCACCUGUUGAUGAUGACGAGGACAAACUCUGUAGCGACUAUGUUUCCGUUGAAAACGACUCUCCUUGCCGCUCAAGAAGUGUCUUCGGCGUUGACCACUCUACUACUGCAGACUAUGAUGAAAACGAACCUCACACACCGCCUCUGACCGGACCAUACAAGAGAAGAAGAGUAACAAAGGCAAUCAGCACCGGAGUUGAAUUUGACUAUAUGGAGGAAACACCCAAAAGAAAAGAUAACCACCCCUUCGACCAGCCUGAUGGUGAGAACACCAUUGAAGCAACUCAGUACAAAGAUGUUCUAGUUCUCGUUAGGUUCGGUGACCGUGAUCUGCCCUUCAAAUUCAGAGAGGUUAUAAUGUCCGACGUACGCUUGCUCACUCUGCUUGAAGCUGGUCUCCCUUCAUGGGUCCUGUUCCUACAGUCUUACCCCGGGUUCUGCCAUCUUUACCGACCCUGGAUGUGCCUUCUCGCCAGAACACUAUACGUUAUCAUCUCAAUCAUCACCGUUGUGAUCGGUUUCUACGAUCUCUACAAAAACGUCCCCGUUCUAAAGGCCACCGCGUCUCGGCUAUGCGGGCCGCUCUUUGAUUGGGUCGAAACAUGGGACAUGGUGUCAAGGAUAAAGUACUUGGGGACGAUGUUGUUCCUUCACAACGUUCAGAAAGCUGUCAAAUGGGCUAUGACGAUGGCACGUGCUGUGCAGUCGUUUGUGUCUUUGCUCGUGAUGCCUCUGGUGAAUCCUCUCUUGGAGGUUCUUGGUUUGCUUUUGCCAGUUUGGAACUCGCUGGCGGAGACAGUGGAGAGCUUGGUUUCGGUGGUUUGGAUAGUGGUCGAGUCUUGUUGUAGUCUCGUUGGUGAUGUGGUGGAGUUGGUGCUUUUGCCCAUUUGGUUUAUCGUCUCACUAGUUUGGAACAUCACAAGUGCGGUUUUGCUGCCUCUAUUCUGGAUCAUAUCGGAAGUGUUAUACGCACCGUUCCGUGUAAUAGUUGCAUUGGCCAGCGGUUUAGCGUUUUCCUUCUCGUACAUAUUCGAUGUUCUUGGAGAUUUAUGGCGGUACAUGAGCAGCAUACUUCAGCUUGCAUCAGACUCUCAAGCAGCUGUGAAGACAUAUGAAGUCUCCAUGUGGCGUACACUCUGGAACGACCUUUUUUCUCAUGUUUUUCGUGCUGUCAGGAGUAUUUUGAACGGGUUUGUAGCCUUCUUUGCUGCCUGUAACAGACAUCGGCUUAGUAUAUAUAAUCACAUGCAAGAUUUUAUCCAGAGACUACAUGGACGAACCUUGAGAUCAGGCUCUAGAAACCCAAAACAUGGCAGAUCUGCUAACCAUCAACGUGCAGGAGAUGACACAAGAAGGAAAUUGCACCUUACAUAGAAGUCAACAGACUCAACACCAAGGAUUAAGAUCCUUUUGAUUCUUUUCUUCUUUUUUUUUACCGGGAAAUGAUAGGUUGUUAAGGUAUAUAGAUAGUUUUACAUUUCUCUCAUGAUUUGUGGCGAAAAGCAUUUAUCCAAAGUUGGCCAAAUGAUAAUGUAUAUAUUACUUACUAUAUAGGAAAGGAAUGAGUUACACUCUUCUUGCAAA